AUGACGAACUUUAUGAGGAAUUUUCUCUGGAUGUUUUUUUUUUGGGGUCCAAACCUGAGAUGCUACGGUGACCUUGGGCUCUCAGUGGAUGCAGAGGUUCUGGCUGACGCUCAGAGUGGCGCUGCUCCGACACUUGAAGGUUACUUCCUUGAGUUCCUGGAGCCAGUCAACAAUAUCACACACUUCCAGGGCCAGACAGCCACGCUGCACUGCAAGGUGACCGGUCACCCACGACCGACGAUUCGCUGGCUUAAAAACGAUGCCCCCGUCGUCCAGGAGCACGGACGUAUCACUGUCCGCAAAACCGAGGCCGGAUCAAAGCUUCGGAUCACGGACCUUGACACGACAGACACAGGCUAUUAUCAGUGUGUUGCCUCCAACGCAUAUAAAGUGAUCUACGCCACAGGGGUCCUUUAUGUCAAACUAGGACAGAUGCCUACGCACGGGCCAGAUCACACGUCUCAUGAAAAAGGGUUUUGCCAACCGUACCGUGGCAUUGCCUGCGCUCGCUUCAUUGGCAACCAGAGCAUUUACGUGGAGUCUCUACAGAUGCAGGGAGAGAGUGAAAAUCGCAUCACCGCCGCCUUCACAAUGAUUGGUACCUCCACUCAUCUGUCAGAUCAGUGCUCCAAAUUUGCCAUCCCCUCCUUCUGCUACUACGUCUUCCCUCUGUGUGACGAGAGCGCCCGGGGUCCUCGGCGUCGUCAGCUCUGUCGAGACGAGUGCGAGGCCCUGGAGAAUGACCUGUGCCAUGCUGAGUACACCAUUGCCCGAUCCAAUCCCAUGAUCCUCAUGCAACUCGAACUUCCCAGCUGUCACCUCCUACCCCGUCCAGGAACACACGAUGCUGCUUCAUGUAUGAGGAUAGGAGUGCCUCCAGAAAAACUAGGACCAUAUUCCCCCACAGACCAGAACUGCUACAAUGGAAGCGGGGCUGACUACAGGGGGACUGUCAGCAUCACUAAAUCCGGUCACUACUGCCAGCCAUGGAGCACUCAGUACCCUCAUAGUCACCAUCUGUCUCAAGACUACCCUGAACUAAGGGGGGGCCACAACUACUGUCGGAACCCAGGAGGCCAGAUGCAGGCUCCCUGGUGCUUCACCUUGGACCCUCGGGUCAGGGUGGACCUGUGUGAUAUUCAACCCUGCAAGCCUCCAGAGAACCUCAGAAAGGAGAUUCUGUUCAUUCUAAUCCCCGCAAUUGCCAUCCCUUUGGUCAUUGCUUGCCUCUUCUUUUUGGUUUGCGUGUGUCGAAAUAAGCAAAAAGCACCGACCGACACGCCUCCUCGCUGCCAGCUCAGCAGCGCACCCAACCAAGACAUGGAGAUGUCUCUCCUGAACCAGCACAAACACCAGGCAAAAUUGAGGGAGAUUAAUAUAUCAGCUGUAAGAUUUAUGGAGGAGCUUGGUGAGGAUCGGUUCGGCAAGGUUUACAAAGGGCACCUUUAUGGCACUGCACCUGGCGAGCAGACCCAUGUGGUGGCCAUCAAGACACUGAAGGACAAGGUUGAUCCCGCUCUCAGUGAGGAAUUUCGCCAUGAAGCCAUGCUCCGCUCUCACCUUCAGCAUCAAAAUAUCGUUUGUCUUCUGGGCGCCAUAACCAAAGAGCAGCCACAAAGCAUUAUAUUCACUUAUUCAAGCAUUGGUGAUUUGCACGAGUACCUUGUGAUGCGCUCUCCCAACUCGGAUGUUGGCAGCUCAGAUGACGACAGGACAGUGAAAUCCACAUUGGAACAGGCUGAUUUCCUUCAUAUCAUUACCCAGAUUGCUGCCGGAAUGGAGUACCUUUCUAGCCACCAGGUUGUCCAUAAAGAUCUUGCAGCUCGGAACAUUCUGGUUUUUGACAAGCUAAGCAUCAAGAUCAUGGAUUUUGGCCUCUUCAGAGAUGUCUACUCAGCUGAUUACUACAAUUUGAUGGGAACAAGCCCUUUCCCUAUUAGAUGGAUGUCCCCUGAGGCUCUAAUGUAUGGGAAGUUCUCCACAGACUCUGACAUCUGGUCUUACGGCGUUUUGCUUUGGGAGACCUUCAGUUAUGGUCUACAGCCUUAUUGUGGCUACUCCCACCAUGACGUGAUCGAGAUGGUGCGCAGCCACCGGGUAUUGCAGUGUCCUGAUGACUGCCCAGUUUGGAUAUAUACCCUUAUGCUGGAGUGUUGGAAUGAAUUCCAAGCAAGACGGCCACGCUUCAAGGACAUCCACACACGUCUGCGCUCCUGGGAAAAUCUUUCCAAUUAUAAUAACUCUGCUCAAACGUCAGGCACCAGCAACACGACCCAGACAAGUUCUCUCAGCACCAGCCCUGUUAGCAAUAUCAGCAUGAACACGGUGAAUGCAUCACGCUACACUAGCCCAAAAAAGACCCCACCCUUCCACCAACCCCAGUUCAUGCCAAUGAAGAGUCAAAUGCAUCGGCCAAUGGUCCCCCCACAGCUCUACAUUCCCGUCAAUGGCUAUCACCCUAUGCCAGCCUACCAAUACAUGCAGAAUUUUUACCCCAUGCAAAUGCCAAUGCCUAUGCCACACCAGCAGGUCCAACACCCAGCACAGAUGGCUGCAAAAGCUAAUUCUCACCACAGUGGCAGUGGCUCCACAUCAACAGGCUACGUCACCACGGCUCCUUCCAACAAUUCUAUGGCAGAGCAAGCAGCCUUACUCAAUGAGGACUCCAAGACUAACCAUGAGGACUUGGUUGACAGGGCAUCCCAGAUCGAGCUAGAGCAAAAUGAGCACUUGUCAGUGCCUGAAACGGAAUUACUGGGUGAUAAUGAGCAACAGACUGAUGAGCUGGUGAUUGAAUUGUCAGACACAUAGAUGAGCGUCUGUGUGAAAUAUUCUGUGUUUGCCUUUCAAUGAGCAGCAAUGAAGUGAAAGGAGCAAAUUUGCAGUGACAGUGACUGAAUGUUUCAAAAGACUUUCUCAUUGGAUCAAGUGUGACUCACGUUUGUGCUCCCCCCAUCUCACUUUUUAAACCUGCGUAUGCUACCGUGCUUGUGUUCCCAUUCAGAUGCUUUUCCAAUGUUGCUGUGCAACAUGCACAAUUAUUUACCCUGUAGUACUUUGUCUGUGAAGGUUUUACUUAAUAAGUCACCAUGGCUUUGGUGAACAAACAUUGGCUUCUGCGAGCAAGGGUAGUUAUUUGGCGAAUGUUCAGACAGGGUUCAUUUCCGAAACAAAUCAUCCUCCCGACUCGGAUGCCGGGUCUCUCUUUUACAAGACUAGAGAACGCAGUUUGCUUCUGCAUUCCUUUGUGUCUCCUGAUGAUGAUGAUUUGAUGUUAUGAUGGAUGUCAUUAUCUAGCAGUGGCGCAUGUACUGUUCAUCGGCCACAGCCAUAGAAAAAAAGAAUGUAUGAUUAAUAGAAAUGUGUAAAAGGAGAGAGGAGAGAAACUGUCUUUUAACUCAGUGAUAUAUUUUACAGUUUACAAUAAUGAUAAUCAGGCGAGUGGAAUCGUUGUUUUGUUGUUGUUUUUUGCCUACUUAUGGCUUAUUGUUAACGUGGCUGAUCAUUGAAACAUACAGCGGCUGAAAUGAGUAUUUAACAUGUCACCAUUUUUAAUAUAUUUCCAAAGGUGCUAUUGACAUGAAAUUUUCACCAGAUAUUGGAACCAACCCAAGUAAUCCAUACAUAUAACGAAAGUAGAACAAAUAAGAUCAGCAAUUAAUUUGUGUGUAAUAAUGUGAAAUGACCCAGGGGAAAAGUAUUGAACACAUGAAAAUAGGGAAGUGCAAAAAAGUCAUGGAAAGCCAAGACAACACCUAAAAUCUAUCAAUAAUCAAACAGCAGUCCAGCGCCUUGCGAGUGCAAAUGAAUAUCAGCUGGUUCAGUCCUAAUUGAUGGCCUACAAAAAGGUUUCAUUGCCAAGGUGUGAGUCCAGACACAUCUCAUGAUGGGUAAGAGCAAAGAGCUGCCUCAAGAUCAUCGCAAAACAUAACGAUGGCAUUGGUUACAAGCGCAUAUCGAAGCUUCUGAAGGUUCCAGUGGGCACGGUUGGGGCCAUAAUACGUAAGUGGAAAGCCAAUCAUACCAUCAUAAAUUUGCCUCGAUCAGGCGCUCCUCGCAGGAUUUCUGACACAGGAGUGCAAAGAAUAAUCAGAAGAGUUGUCCAAGAGCCAAGCACCACCUUUGGAGCGCGUCAAAAAGACCUGCAAUUAGCAGGUACUGUUGUCACAAGGAAAACCGUGAGUAAUGUAAAAUACUGGAAGAAUAUAGUCUCGUCUGAUGAGAGCAAAAUUGAACUCCUUGGAUGCCAUAAUGCACCACGUUUGGAGGAGAAAUGGCACUGCACAUCACCUUAAAAACACCAAUUCCAACUGGAGUUCGGAGGUGAGACCAUGAUGGUGUGGGGUUGCUUUUCAUCAAAUGGUACUGGUAAACUUCACAUUAUUGAAGGAAGGUUGAAUGAGAAAAUGUACCAAGACAUUAUUGACAAAAAAUCUGCUGCCAAAAAACAAAAAAACAAAAAAAAAAGAAGCCCACAGAACCGGCAAGACUUGAAGACUGCUUGUGUGGGGCCAAAAUCACACGAGAGCAAUGCAUGUGACUAGUUUCUCCGUACAGGAGGCGUCUUUGAAGCCGUCAUGGUAAACAAAGGCUUUUGUACAAUUAAAUAAAUACCAGUUUGCGUGUUCAAUACUUUUUCCCUGUGUCAAAUUCACAUGAUUACACAUAACUUAAUUUCUGAGCUUAUUUGUUCUAAUUUCUUUGUAUGUAUGGAUUACUUGGGUUGUUCCCAACAUCUGGUAAAAUCUUCAGGUCAACAGCACCUUUGGAAAUAUUUAGUGAGAAAAAUUGUGACGUGUUUAAUACUGAUUUCUCCCGCUGUAGUUUUUCACACCACAUUGCACAGAUUUGUAAUUUAUAUUCUUCAGUUUGAACAUUAUUUUGGUUUAUAUUUUCUCUUUCUUGAACGUUGCUAAACCUGGUGUUGAUUAAAUGUCCUCCCUACCAGAUGCAUGAUUUUUAUAAGCUGUUUUUCACUUGACCAUUGUGUACAUUCAACUAUGGAAUGUUCAAUAAAUUCUUCUU